UUUAAGAAUAAAAUAUGGAAGAUGUUCUAGUUUCCAGAAUUUUGGGUGUCACCCAUUUCGAGCUCCCAUUGCUUCCCAACAACAUUGCAUUUUAUUGCCACCCGGAAUUCCAAUCAAUCAGCCUCCAAAUCGACGAGUGGUUCCUUGGCAAGAUGAGAAUCGCCGACGAGACUUCCAAGAAGAAGGUGCUGGAGUCCAGGAUCGGUUUGUACGCCUGUAUGAUGCAUCCCAAUGCUGAGAGAGAGAAGAUUGUGCUGGCCGGGAAACAUCUCUGGGCCGUCUUCCUCCUUGACGAUUUGCUGGAAUCCAGCGCCACACAAGAGAUCCCGAAGCUCAACGCCACCAUCUCCAACCUUGCCAGUGGAAAUUCCAACGAGGAUGUCACAAAUCCUGUGUUGGUUCUCUACCGAGAAGUUAUGGAAGAGAUCCGGGCUGGUAUGGAGCCACCAUUGCUGGACCGUUACGUGGAGUGCCUGGGAGCUUCACUGGAAGCCGUGAAGGAUCAAGUUCACCACCGAGCCAAGAAAAGUAUCCCUGGAGUGGAAGAAUACAAGCUUGCCCGCCGUGCCACUGGAUUCAUGGAAGCUGUCGGCGGUAUCAUGACUGAGUUCUGUAUGGGAAUCCGCCUCAACGAAAGUCAAAUCCAGUCUCCAGUCUUUCGAGAGCUCCUCAAUUCUGUGUCUGAUCACGUUGUUCUUGUCAAUGAUCUCUUGUCCUUCAGGAAAGAGUUCUAUGAAGGUGCUGGUCACCACAACUGGAUCUCAGUUCUCCUGCAGCACAGCCCCAGCGGGACGAGGUUCCAGGGUGCCAUCGAUCAGCUCUGCGAGAUGAUCCAAGAAGAAGAGCUCUCAAUCCUGGCAUUGCAGAGGAAGAUUUCCAGUGAAGAAAAUAGCGACUCGGAGCUGAUGAAGUUCGCAAGGGAGUUCCCAAUGGUUGCUUCCGGGAGCCUCAUGUGGUCGUAUGUCACUGGCCGCUACCAUGGCUAUGGUAAUCCGCUGCUGACUGGGGAGAUUUUCAGCGGAACUUGGCUGCUCCAUCCCAUGGCCACCGUCGUCUUGCCAAAGUCUACAGUAAACCAUUUGGUAUAUUCUCAUGUUAUUCUUUGAGAUUGUUCUAUGAAAUAAAAGUUAAGAAUCUCGUUAGCGCA